AUGGCUCCACGAAUGCUUUCUGAAGGUGCCCUUGGGGGCAUCGCCCAAAUCACCCCCUCGCUGUACCUGAGCCGGGGCAGCGUCGCCUCCAACCGGCACCUGCUCCUCUCCCGGGGAAUCACCUGCAUCAUCAACGCCACCAUCGAGAUUCCCAAUUUCAACUGGCCCCAGUUUGAAUACGUGAAAGUGCCUUUGGCUGACAUGCCCAACGCCCCCAUCUCCCUGUACUUCGACAGCGUCGCCGACAAGAUCAACAGCGUGGCGCGGAAGCACGGGGCCACCUUAGUCCAUUGUGCCGCGGGCGUGAGCAGGUCGGCCACCCUCUGCAUCGCCUACCUGAUGAAGUACCACAAGGUGACCCUCUUUGAGGCAUACAACUGGGUCAAAUCAAGACGCCCCGUUAUACGCCCCAACGUGGGCUUCUGGAGGCAACUGAUAGACUACGAGAGGAAGCUCUUUGGGAAGACGACGGUUAAAAUGGUACAGACACCAUAUGGCAUCAUCCCAGACGUUUAUGAGCGAGAGAGGAGACCCCUGAUGCCUUACUGGGGAAUUUAAUGUGACUGCAGACAGGAAGCACAACAGAAGGGACACGCUGUUCUGAGUCGACCAGACUGGAGACAUCCCCUUCUCCUUCUACAGCCAACUUUGGUUCUUUACCAUACAGCAGAACCUCAACUAAUUCUCACCUCACUAACCUGCAAGGCCAACGAUUCCCUUCAAAGCAUUUUCUCUCGACAGGGAUUCCCCCAUCUGCAUUUCUCUGGUUUAGCAGAAUGAGGUCUCCUUAUCAGUUUCUUCCUUUCGUAAAGCCUCCCUCCCUUUUUCAGUCGGUUUAUGAGUAUCCUCCGAGGAAAGGCCCAAAAGGCACUUGGCAGAGUUAAUGAAUAAAGUGCGCUUUGUGAUGCGGUAG